AUGGAUGCCAACAACUUUGUGAUGUCUUCCUAUCAGUUCGUGAACUCGAUCGCAUCCUGCUAUCCAAACAACGCGCAGAACACAAACAGCUCACCUAAUACAGGUGGUGGGCAAGGCGGUCAGAACGAUGGUUAUUUCCCACCCUCAGCGUACACUUCGAACAUUUACCCAGGCGCACCACAUCAGGCCCACUACAGUCCGCAAACCUACAACCCACUGUCCGGGGCUGGAGCUACCAGCGUCAAUAAUGCUAGCGCUGGGCCCGUUGCCGGCGGCCACCAGGCUAGCGAUAUGGUAGACUACACCCAGCUACAACCGCAAAAAUUCCUCCUCAAUCAGCAGCAGCAGCAGCAACAAUCCGGCCUUAGUUCGCAAAGUUGUAAAUACGCCAGCGAUGGCACUAGCGCAGGUACAAAUGUAGUAAAUAAUAACAACAAUACCAAUAGCACCACGAGUCCUCAAGAUUUGAGUACGGCCAGUGGAGGUGGUGGUGGCGGCAGUGGAAGCGGAGGAGGUGGUGGAGGAGGCGGUGCCGGAGGGGCCAAUAGUGGCCGCCCGGAGAUAUCGCCAAAACUGUCGCCAAGUUCAGUGGUGGAGAGUGUCACCCGAUCGCUCAAGUCCGGCAGCGCAUCCACAGCCGUGAGUUCGAGCAAUACAAAUAACAAUACCAGCAACAUUAGCAAUCGAAACCAAGUGAACUUGCCACUCGGUAGUCCGGAAGAUGAGUCGGAUGCCAGCGAUGACGAUAGCGGCACAGAGGGCGGUAGCUCCCAAGGUGGUGGGGGCAGCGGAGGCAAGAAGGGCGGGCCUCCUCCUCAUAUAUAUCCGUGGAUGAAACGGGUGCAUAUCGGACAAAGUACGGUGAACGCGAACGGCGAAACGAAGCGUCAGCGCACCUCGUACACUCGUUAUCAGACGCUUGAGCUGGAGAAGGAGUUUCACUUCAACCGAUACCUAACUCGUCGACGACGGAUUGAGAUUGCGCACGCCCUCUGUUUAACCGAGCGACAGAUCAAAAUCUGGUUCCAGAACCGACGGAUGAAGUGGAAGAAGGAACACAAAAUGGCUUCAAUGAAUAUUGUGCCGUAUCACAUGUCACCGUAUGGGCAUCCUUAUCAGUUCGAUAUUCAUCCGUCACAGUUUGCGCACCUGAGCGCAUAG